CGCUGUUAUUUACACAGAAGCAAAGUCCAGAAAGCAGGCUGAUAUCUGAGGUUAAAGGUGAAAGAACUGAUUCUGCUGAAACUGUACAAUGAAAUGAGGAAGAUGUGAGGCAAGAACGGCACAAGACAGGAACAAGGAUUUCACAAGAAACUGGAUAAACGACAAACCAUUUCCACAAAAUCUACAGGCAACAGUCAACACUUGUGUUUGAGAUAACCGAAGGUUUAGCUGCUGGACAGAACGGCCGGCUGCUGACGCUUCUCUUCCAGUUGCCCACCAGACCUCCAACCCACCACAUCAUCCAUUCCACUGGUCCUUCAGUUCGUCUCCAACUUCUUGAGCUGUUUGGUUCCUCAGAAGAAGAUGGCUAUCAGCUCACCUAAAGACAAGUAUUUUGGCGUGUGGUGGAUCUUCUUCAUGCUCGGCCUGGGAACACUUCUGCCCUGGAACUUCUUCAUGACUGCCACCAUGUACUUCACCAGUCGCCUAAGGGAAACUCCUGCAGAGGAUCUUGCAGCCAAUCAGACAGAGACAGCAGGUGACCAUCGCAGCAUUUUGGAGGCCAAAUUCAACAACGUGAUGACACUCUGUGCAAUGCUGCCAAUGUUGCUUUGUACCUACCUCAACUCAUUCCUACACUCCCUUAUUCCUCAGCGUUUGCGAGUGAUGGGGAGUCUUCUCGUCAUCAUGUUCCUCUUCAUCAUUACUGCCAUCCUGGUCAAAGUUUCUCUGGAGCCGCUGGUCUUUUUCUCCAUCACCAUGGCCAAGAUCGUCAUCAUCAACUCGUUUGGCGCCAUCCUACAGGGCAGUUUGUUUGGGAUGGCCGGUUUACUCCCAGCUUCAUACACAACUCCCAUCAUGAGUGGUCAGGGACUUGCAGGAACCUUCGCUGCCCUCGCCAUGAUCUGCGCCCUCGCAAGUGGUUCUGAGCUUCACAAUGCAGCCUUCGGUUAUUUCAUCACCGCCUGUGUUGUUAUUUUCCUGAGUGUUCUCUCGUACAUCCUGCUGCCCAAAUUGGAGUUUUACCAGUUUUAUCAGGAGAAGGACAAGAAGGGGGGAUCAGAAGAGCAGAACUCACUCAGUGUGAUGAACAAAGAGAUGAAUGAUGCAGAAACUGAUCAGAUGGAACAGCCCAACAUAUCCCAGAUGAAGAUCUUUAAGAAGAUCUGGGUUCUGGCGUUGUCGGUCUGUUUCACCUUCACUGUCACCAUCGGUACAUUUCCCGCCAUCACUGCCGACACCCGAUCCACCCUCUCUGAUGGAGGUUCCUGGGACCUGUACUUCAUCCCAGUCUGCUGCUUCCUGCUUUUUAACCUGUGUGACUGGGGUGGGCGGAGCUUAACAGCUGCCGUUAUGUGGCCAGGCAAAGACAGCCUGAUUCUUCCAGUGUCCAUCGUUUGCCGCCUGGGCUUCAUCCCUCUGUUCAUGCUGUGUAACGUUCAGCCUCGUCUCAACCUGCCCGUGUUUUUCCAUCACGACUGCUUCUUUAUCAUCUUCAUGGUCUUUUUCGCCUUUAGUAAUGGAUACCUGGCAAGCCUCUGCAUGUGCUACGGUCCAAAGAAAGUUCUCCCUCAUGAAGCAGAAACUGCCGGAGCCAUCAUGGCCUUCUUUCUGUCCCUGGGUUUGGCUAUGGGUGCUGCUGCAUCGUUCCUCUUCAGAGCACUGGUCUAACUGGAACGGACCAGCUUGCAAUUGGUUCCAAGAAGAAACACUGUUAAUGCUGAACGCUUCUUAUUGGACUAACUGGGACAAAAACACUGUCAUCACUGAUGAAUAUCCUGGAAUAUCCAUCUAAAAUCUAGUUUCCUUCUCAACUUGGGUUUGGGUGCAGCUGCAUCCUCUCUGGAAUCACAUGGAACCAGAACCAGAACCAGAACCUGCUUCUGAGGCUUUGCUUCCAUGGAUAUUUCACAUCCUGGCCUUGAAUUCUAGUUUGUAGGUUUUACUUAUUUGUAUGUAUAAUUUGUGAAAGUUGGUUAUAUGAAUACAUUAAGCAAGAAUAAAACAUCAGAUAUUGUAGGAUAUGUGCUUACAGUAAAGACCAGUCAAGAAGUUAAAAUCCUGCAGUAAUCUGCUUGUUUAAAGACAUAUACCUCUCCAUUUCAUGUUCUUUCUGGCAUUAUACAUAUAAAAUGAUUAGUGGUGUUAAAUAAAAUGUUUUUUGACUUCUAAACUGAACCUCAUACCAAACUGAGUUUAGGUUUGGGCUCAAAGGAGAGGUUCCUUCUCAUCAUACGUGAUUCAAAAACUCUGAACAUUUUUACCCACACCCCAAAAGGUUAACACUAUGCGCAUGUAAGUGCUGGAGCUGCUGCUGGUGUUGAAAACCCAUCUGUUGUUUGGACAUUAACGCAUCUCAGCUGCAUUCAAGCACUAAAUGUCUUAUUGAGGUAAUAGACACAGUGGAGCUUCUGCUCCCAGUGGGACUGGUUAUGGGAGGGUUUAGCUGAAACUGGAAUAUCCUGUAGUGUCAGUUUAGCUGUGGAUGUUCCUGUGAGGACAUGGUUUAUUUCUUACUCACCAUGCAGCUAUCCCACAUUUCCUCUAAGAUUUCAUGUGACAAAAACAACAUGUCAACAUAUGGUUGAGUGUUUUAAUUUUGAUUUUGAAAAAGCUUCAAAUCAAGCCCUUUGUGGUUCUUCCUUAUGAUGUGCAAGGAUUUACAGCUGCCGUCUGCCAUUUGUGGUCCAAAAACCCACACCUGCAUCUUUACUUAUCUAGGACCCUAGGAGAAUGUGCCUUUGGUCGGAAUAAUCCAAAUGUCUCAAUCAGUUCGCUUACAUAGGAAGUUUAAUUCCUCUUUAAAAUUAAAUCCAAUUUAAAAUGAGUAAAAAUGACCAUGUAAACACCUAAUUCCGAAUGAAAAUGGCCAUUCCAAAUUAAAUUUAAUUCCGAUAUAAGUGUCUGGUUUAUUCCGAUUUUAAAUCCGAAUAGAACAAUUCCGUGAUCAUGUAUACACUCAUUCCUCUUUAAAUUAAUUCCGGUCUUUCUUUCUGCUCGUUCCCUCUCCCGUCUGUCUCCAUGACGCUUAUAUUCCACGCUGGGCUGGUUUUCCAAGAGUUUCAAGAUGCAGCAGCAGUAAACGCUGGUCAAGAGCAGAGACCAUUUAUUUAAUAAAUAGAAAUAAUUAAAACAACAGAUGGUAAGAAACAUAAAAAUUGUGAGCUUUUCAAAGUUGUAGCAGCUAAGUUAGUUUUUCUUCCGGUAGUUUAACUUCCGGUCCGCCCCCCUAUCCAAUCAGAACCUUCCCAACCCCCAGACCUGUAGGGGAAUUGGAGAAAGACCAUCAAACGUGUUUUCCAUGUAAACCUCAAUUCAGAAUUACUAUUUCCAUGUAAACUCAAAGGAAAAUAGUUUAAUUCGGAAUUAUUUAAUUCGGAAUAAUUAAUUCUGAAUUAAAAAACAUCAUGUAACCGUGGCCAGUGUGAUGCAUUUCUUAUUUCAAUUAUGACUUCAGUUGGAUUAAGGUUGCUGUUUGGGUGGUGGUUUUAGUCUUCUCUUAGCUGGAAUAUUUUUGGUGUAUUGUUGUACUUGUACAUAUAAACAAACUAAAUGUGUCUGUAUGUUUCUGAUAUCUGACAAUUAUAUUAAAACAUUUACAAAGA